AUGCGGGGAGAGAAUGAAGAUGCUGAGGGUCCCUCAGGGCACCAAGCGGGAGCGGAUGGGCUGGUGCUGGUGAUGGAGAUGAGGCUGAGGGCGCUGGAAGGGCAGCUGGAGGAGACACGGAGGGGACUGGAGGAGGCUGAGAGGAGAAGGGCAGAGGAGAUGCUAACAGUGAGAGGUGAAACGCUAACUGUGAGAGGGGAGUUAGUGACAGUAAGAGGGGAAUCAACAACAGCGAGAGGGGAGCUGGUGACGACAAGGGGAGAGCUGGUGACAGUAAGGGGAGAGAUGGCGACAAGGAAAAGCGAGUUUGAAGCAGUAAAAGGGGAAUUGGUGACGGUAAAAGGAGAGUUGGCAACAACAAGGGGAGAGCUGGGUACUGUGAAAGAGGAGUUGGCAACAGUAGAGGGGGGAUUGGUGACAGUAGAAAGAGAGGUCGCAACAACAAGGGGAGAGAUGGGGAGAGUGAAAAGAGAGUUGGAAGCAGUUAAAGGUGAGUUAGUGACAGCAAAAGGGGAGCUGGCAACAACAAGAGGAGAUAUAGCGACAACGAAAGAGGAGUUGGCAACAGUAGAGGGGGGAUUGGUGACAGUAAAAAGGGAGGUCGCAACAACAAGGGGAGAGAUGGGGACAAUGAAAGGGGAGUUGGAAACGGUUAAAGGUGAGUUAGUGACAGUAAAUGGGGAGAUGGCAAGAACAAGGGAUGAGAUCUCUGUAGUAAAAGGGGAGUUGGAAACAGUUAAUGGAGAAGUAAUGACAGUAAAUGGGGAGCUGGCAACAAGGAGAGAGCUGGCGACGGUGAAAGGUGAUUUGGAAGCAACAAGGGGGGGGUUGGAAACAGUGAAAAAGGGGUUGAUGGAAGCAACAAGGGAGCUGGCUGAACAGAAAGAAUGCCUGCAGAAAGUGGAGAAGGAAAAAUCAGAGUUGGAGGAGGAGGUGAAGACUACUUUGGGGAAGGAGGGGGAGGAGGGGAGGAUGGUAAGGAAGGGAGAAAAGGGGGAAGGGCAGGAGGGUGGAGGGUAUGGCGAGGUGAAGGGGAGAAGGUUGGGGCAGAGAAAAGGGGGGGUUGGGAAGCCAGGGACGGAAGAUCUGAUGUUUGGAUGA